AGGUGAAGUGACAGCAUGGAUUCAUGGAUUCUGUCUUGGGUUCUGUUCCUUGCUUCUUUCCUCAUAGUUUCUGGCUUGCCAACUCCAGAAAAUUUUGAUGUAGAUGGUGGAAUUGACCAGGAUAUAUUUGACAUCAAUGAAGAUUUGGGACUGGACCUUCAUGAGGGAGACAUCAAACUUGACGGGGUACAAGAUAGAAAUUCCAUCAUUGGAGAAAACUAUAGAUGGCCUCACACCAUUCCAUAUGUUCUAGAAGAUAGCUUAGAAAUGAAUGCUAAGGGAGUUAUCCUCAAUGCAUUUGAACGCUAUCGCUUAAAAACAUGCAUUGACUUCAAGCCUUGGACUGGAGAAGCUAACUACAUAUCAGUGUUCAAGGGCAGUGGCUGCUGGUCCUCAGUAGGAAACAGGCAUGUUGGAAGGCAAGAACUCUCCAUUGGAGCAAACUGUGACCGAAUAGCCACGAUUCAACACGAGUUCCUCCAUGCACUGGGAUUCUGGCAUGAGCAGUCGCGUUCUGAUCGGGAUGACUACGUCAGCAUAAUUUGGGACAGAAUUCAGUCAGGCAAAGAGCACAAUUUUAACACCUAUGAUGACCAAGUCUCGGACACACUGAAUGUUCCCUACGAUUACACUUCAGUCAUGCACUACAGUAAAACUGCAUUCAGAAAUGGAACAGAACCCACAAUUGUAACAAGAAUCUCAGAUUUCAUGGAUGUGAUUGGCCAACGAAUGGAUUUCAGUGACUAUGAUCUCUUAAAGCUGAAUCGACUGUAUAACUGCUCCUCUUCCUUCAGCUUCAUGGACUCAUGCGAUUUUGAGCUGGAAAAUGUAUGUGGCAUGAUUCAAAGUUCAGGCGACAAUGCUGACUGGCAGCGGGUUCCACAGGUCCCUGCGGGGCCAGAGAGCGAUCACUCCAACAUGGGCCAGUGCAAAGGUUCUGGUUUCUUCAUGCACUUCGACAGCAGCUCUGUAAACAUGGGGGCCACCGCAGUGCUGGAAAGUAGAAAGCUGUAUCCUAAAAGAGGAUUUCAGUGCUUGCAAUUUUAUUUAUAUAACAGCGGAAGCGAAAACGACCAACUGAACAUUUACAUCAGGGAGUAUUCUGCAGGCAAUGAAAAUGGUACUUUAACCCUGGUGGAAGAAAUAAAAGAUAUACCCAUUGGGAGCUGGGAACUUUACUACGUAACACUGAAAGUAACCAACAAAUUCAGAGUGGUGUUCACAGGGGUCAAAGGCGCUGGCGCAUCAUUGGGUGGCCUAUCUAUCGAUGACAUCAAUCUUUCAGAAACGCGGUGCCCUCAUCAUAUCUGGCGUAUAAGGAAUUUCACACAGCUCAUUGGCAGCCCAAAUGGAUCUCUAUAUAGUCCUCCGUUUUAUUCUCCUAAAGGUUAUGCUUUUCAGAUUUACUUGAAUCUAAGCCAUUCCACUAAUGCAGCAAUAUAUUUGCACUUGAUCUCUGGAGCCAAUGAUGAUCAAUUACAGUGGCCAUGUCCUUGGCAACAAGCCACGAUGACACUCCUGGAUCAAAAUCCUGACAUUCGAAAACAAAUGUCCAACCAGCGGAGUGUAACUACAGACCCAUUUAUGACCACCGAUAAUGGAAACUAUUUUUGGGAUAGACCUUCCAAAACGGGAGAAGUGGCUUUUUUCCCUAAUGGAACUCGAUUUAACAGAGGUAGGGGCUAUGGAACCAGUGCCUUUAUAACCCACGAGAGGCUGAAAAGCAGAGAUUUUAUAAAAGGAAAUGAUGUUUACAUCCUUCUGACUGUGGAAGACAUAUCCCACCUUAACGCUACACAGACUACGCCAGAACCCCCCUCUAUCAACACUGACCCUUGCACAAACUUCAAGUGUGAGAACAACGGCAUCUGCACUGUCCACGGUGGCAAAGCUGAGUGCAGGUGUCCGUCAGGGGAAGACUGGUGGUACUUGGGAGAGAGGUGUGAGAAGAAAGGCUCCACUCGAGAUACCAUCGUCAUCGCCGUUUCUUCCACCGUCGCCGUGUUUGCGCUGAUGCUGAUCGUCACGCUCGUCAGUGUCUACUGUAUCCGGAAGAAAUACCGUAAAACGACAAGUUCAAACUCAGCAAGUAUUACGCUGGAAAAUGUAAGUUGA